AUGCCGGAUCCCAAUGAUCCCGAGAAGAAAGGAGACCUACACAUCAAUUUCGAUAUCAUUUAUCCAGAUAGCUUCACAAGGCAGGAGCGCAUUGGUAUUGAGUCUGCUGUAUUCAGGGACGACCAACCUCUCAAAGUAUUAAAUUGCGAUGAUUAUGAGCGAAGACUUCAAAAGAAGCCCUAA